AUGUCUAGAGAGAGUCUGCCCUGGGUGGAGAAGUACCGUCCUUCGAGUCUGGACGAUGUGUACGGUCAGGGAGAGAUUGUAUCCGUGCUGCACAAGUUUAUACAGGAGAACAGGUUGCCCCAUUUGCUCUUCUACGGCCCGCCCGGGACAGGUAAGACGUCUACGAUUGUGGCGCUUGCUCGGGAAAUAUAUGGAAAGAACUACUCGCACAUGGUUCUCGAGCUGAACGCGUCUGACGACAGGGGGAUCGAUGUCGUGCGGAACCAGAUCAAAGAGUUCGCGUCCACGAGGCAGAUAUUCUCGCGUGGGUUCAAGUUGGUCAUCCUGGAUGAGGCGGAUGCAAUGACCAAUGCGGCGCAGAACGCGCUCCGUAGAAUCAUUGAGAAGUACACCAAGAACACGCGGUUUUGUAUCCUUGCCAAUUACUCGCACAAGUUGACCCCCGCUUUGCAAAGUAGGUGUACCCGGUUCCGGUUCCAGCCUUUGCCCGAGGACGCUAUAAAGAGGAGGAUCGCCAACGUGCUCGUGCACGAGCAUCUGCGGGUUUCCGAGGAUGCCGUGCAGGCGCUGAUCAAGUUGUCGAAGGGGGACAUGCGGCGUGUGUUGAACGUUCUGCAGGCGAGCAAAGCGACGUUGGGAGACGACGAGAGCGAUGAGGUUUCUACGGAUACCAUUUACGAGUGCUGCGGUGCCGCGAGACCCGCUGAUCUGCGGAAGAUCUUGAAGUCUAUCCUGGAGGAAGACUGGAACACUGCGUACUACACAUUGCACAAGAUCAGGCAGGAGCAGGGACUUGCACUGAUAGAUCUGAUAGAGGGGAUCAUGGAGAUCCUCGACCAGUACGAGUUGCAGCACGAGCAAACGAGAAUCAACCUGUGUAUGAAGCUUGCGGACCUCGAGUACGCGAUUUCGAAGGGCGGGGACUCCAAGAUCCAGAGCAGCGCGCUGAUCGGCGUCGUGAAGACCUGUUUUGAGAACGAGGUUUUGGAGGCGCAGCCGGCAUAG